UUUGUAGAACGCGACGAAUCAAGGUGCGUACUAGUUCCACGCCCGCCGUCCCUCGUCGCGCCGUCGAGGGCUGGGCUUUGUUGGUCUCUGUAUACUCCACACCACGGUGCGCUUUCGCACCUGGAUUCGGGUGCAUCUUUUGCACAUGUGCCAAUCGGGACCGAUCUUGUCCUGCAGACACUCCCUGCACUGCUCUUUCAUCAUCUAUCCUCCCCUUCUCAUCCUGAACGGUCGGGAUGAAUAGCUGACGCUAAGCGCAGUGCGACAAAGUCAGACCAGGAUGCACCCAAUGCUUUCGCGUUGGCAGGAGAUGCCCUGGUUACCGGGACCAACUGUCAUUGAUGUUCCGGGAUGAGAGCAGCAAGGUGAUUCAGAAGGCACACGCCUCGUGGACCUCAUCACCUUCUUCUGCCUCCUCGUCUGGCAGUAGCCGCAGUCCGCAUGACUCAUCCACGAGCACAAACCUCUCCUGGUCAAGGGCCGAAGAGACGAAGCGCAAACUACAAGUCAUCGCGGCCAAUGUACCCCCAAAGGUUCAAACCAACGUAGAAGAAAUCGGCAUCCAGUUCUUCAUGAACCGCUAUCUCAUGACCCAUCCGACUGCGCCUGAGGCUCCUGACCACAUGGCGCUGUACAGCGGUGGCACCGUGGCUAUGCGGAAUGUUAUGAUUGCUGUCGGCCUGGCGGGUUUAUCCAACACCCAAGGGAAUCACGAUCUAAAAUGGGUGGCCCGCCAAAGGUACACCGCGGCAUUAAAGCAGACGAACCAGCUUAUUGCGGCGAAACGGAUGGACCAGUCCAAAAUCAUGGUUCCCCUCUCGGCUGUUGUUAUGCUCGCCCUGUUCGAGGUGGUACAAGGGAAGGGUUCUAAACUGUCGACGGGCGAUGCCAACAUACACAUCAUUGGCGCCAUGGCUCUGUUGCGGGGUGUAUUGCCCCUUGACUCGAUGCCCGGCUUUGGUGCCCGGGCAGUUCUGCAACUCAUGUUUUCACUUUAUAUGUCGUCUCAUUUGAGCGACUCCCCUCUACCGCCGGUAUUCUUCGACGGCUUGAACAGCUGCAAAGAGCUGAUAGCCCCAGAAGAGAAAUGCUGCUGUGACAUUGCUGUUAGUAUUGCACGAUACUUGCAGAUUCACUCAGACGCCAAACGCACCCGAAGGCGAGACGGGAGCGCAGCUGCCGAUAAAAUCCUACAGUUAUUGCUUGACACGGACGCCGUUCUUGCGCGCCUAGAAGUGCAGCUGCAUACCCCCUGUCCCUACAUAAUAGUGAACGCGCCGGAUCUUCCACCGGCUGCCGUCUUCCGUGGCAAAUAUCAUAAGUACCACGACGUUUGGGGAGCGCGAAUCUGGAAUCACUUGCGCUGGGGACGCAUUCUUGUAUGCUCGGACAUCAUCAAUUUAAGCGACGAGUAUCCCCUGUCGAGCUUCCGCACCGUCACAGCGGCGCAGAGAAGCCAAUGCUUCCAAGUUACGGAGAGGAUGGCCGAAGACAUCAUCACAAGCACGCCAUCUCAUUGGCACCACCCUAUCCUUAACCAGGAGCAAUCAGAGAAGUUUGCUGCCGUCGGCAACGGCGGCUCAGGGGCUGCCGGUAUUCCAAGCUUGUUGUGGCAUCUCAAGAUCGCGGCCUGUGCGCCCGGCGUCCCCCGAGAAUCUUGGGAUUGGGUCUAUGCAAUGCUGCAGGUCGUCUGGAAGGACAUGGGUAUGCAGCAUGCCCAUGCCCUGUCCGAGAUGAUGGAGGGGCAUCGGGUGGCGGAGGAGUGCGAGGCGACUGAGCGCAUCGUCAAGGUCGAAGAAGACGAGGAGGACUGACGGGACACGGAAGUCUGACUCUUAACGAGGGGGUCAGCAGGCUCGUCGGCAGUGUUUACAGUAUACUGACUUGAUACGUGGGAAGAGCCACCUUGGUGCCCUAGAGGCUUUGGAUGGCGCCUAUCUGGACAAUGGACAAACCGAGAAGGGACGACGGAACCGACCGAGUGUCUGACUUUGGCCAUGUAUGGAUAUGAAUGUGAACUCGAAUGGAGGACGGGGUCUGUAAAUGAACCAAAUCAAAGCCGUACGUGAAUACACACAUUUAUACAACGAUGCCGAUACGCGGCCUGCCCUCGC